ACGCGGAUCCGAGGGCUUUCGUUUUUCUCUUCUUCUUUUUCUUCUUACUCUUUUUCUUUUUCUUUUUUCCUUUACCUACCUUUUCCCUUCUUCUCUCAUGUCUGCGAGAAUCUUUGCUACUGCCGCCCGCUCCGCGGCGCGCGCUCUUGCCCGUCCUUCCGUCCGUCCCCUUGGUGUGAUGGCCGCUGCUCAAUGGAAGCAUGCUGCUGUCAAGUCUGUCGUAAGUAUCCUUGGCACAUUAUGUUUUUAUGAUAAUACCGAUAAAUGACUCGGUCAAUGAAGUUUUUCUUUCGCAGAUAAGCUAAUGAGUUUUUGUUUCUUAUCGUAUGGAAAUUUUCCAUUGUUAUCAGGCCAUUCCAACUCAAGUGCGCGGCAUGAAGACUCUUAACUUUGGUGGUACCGAGGAAACCGUCUAUGAACGUUCGGAUGUCCCCAGAGAGAAGCUUUUGGAGACUUUCAAGGAUGACACCAUUGCUGUGUUGGGUUACGGUCCCCAGGGUCGCGGUCAGGCUUUGAACUUGCGCGAUAACGGUGUCAAUGUCAUCAUUGGUCAGCGUGAAGGCAAGACCUACCAGCAAGCCAUUGAAGAAGGCUGGGUUCCCGGCAAGAACUUGUUCCCUGUCCUCGAUGCCGUUGACAAGGGUACCGUUGUCAUGAACUUGCUUUCCGAUGCUUAUCAAAAGGAAAUCUGGCCCCAGAUGGCUCCUCUCAUGACUCCCGGCAAGACCCUCUACUUCUCCCACGGUUUCUCCAUUGUCUACAAGGAUCAAACCAACAUUAUUCCCCCCAAGGAUAUCGAUAUCAUCCUUGUCGCUCCCAAGGGUUCAGGUUUCACUGUCCGUCGUCUCUUCCAGGAAGGUCGUGGUAUCAACUCUUCCUUUGCUGUGCACCAGGAUGCCUCCGGUAAGGCCCGUGACCGCACCAUUGCUUUGGGUAUUGGUAUUGGUUCUGGUUACAUGUACGAAACCACCUUUGAAAAGGAAGUGUACUCUGAUUUGUUCGGUGAGCGCGGUGUGUUGAUGGGUGCCAUCCAGGGUCUUUUCCAAGCCCAAUAUGAAGUGUUGCGUGCCAAUGGCCACUCUCCCUCGGAAGCUUUCAACGAAACCGUCGAAGAAGCCACUCAGUCUCUUUACCCCUUGAUCGGUGAACGCGGUAUGGACUGGAUGUACUCCAACUGCUCUACCACUGCUCAGCGUGGUGCUCUUGACUGGUGGAGACCCUUCCACAAGGCUUCCAAGCCCGUUUUCGAACAAUUGUACAAGUCCGUCAAGGAUGGUGAUGAAACCGCUCGUUCCCUCGACCGCAACUCUCAACCCGAUUACCGUGAGAAGUUGGAAGAGGAACUCAAGGAAAUCCGUGAAUCCGAGAUCUGGAGAGCCGGUCAAACUGUCCGUCAACUUCGACCUGAAAACGUUGGCAAGAACUAAGCGGAACAUUCAAAUAUAAAAAAGAAGAAGCAGUGUUCACUGGUAGAUAUAAAAAAGAAGAUCCACCCUCAUCAUAGAAGAAAAAAAAAAGCUUCAAAAUCCAUGUUCAUCUCGUACUCCCCUUUUUUUCAUUACAACGUUUUGUCAAAAGCGUUGGAUUUCAUUUUUCUUAAAAAGAACAAGAUUCACAACUCUACUUUUUUUAUUUUCAAUUAUUUGUAUCUUUUUCCGUUGACGGAUAAGGUCGUUCAAAAUAAAAAUGAAAAUAAAAACACCAUCAAAGUUUGUUGAAUAUCA